UUUAAAAGCAAAUAUGUGGGACAUGGUCAUAGCGAUUCCYCUUGUCACGUUCGUCACGGACUUCAAUUUGAACGUCACGUUAAAAGUUAUUCCAAUGCCCGUCUACGGAACUGGACAAUGUGAUGGAAAAAUCAGUCAUAGCGUCGUUAGAUUUCACGCCAACACCGAAGUGAAAGACGGCAAAUUGAAGUUGAACGAUAUCAAAAUCAAUCUGACCCUCGGCGACGUAGAAGUGCACAUCAUCAAGUCRCAAAACCCAGCAUUAGCACAAACGACGUCGCAGUUUUUCAACACGAACAAGCGACUGGUUCUCGACCUGGUGAUGCCGGUCGCCGAGGAUGUGGUCCGACAGAUGUUGCUUCGGUAUGGCAACAGAAUUCUGUCCACCAUAGAAAUCUCAGAUCUAUUGAUUGACUGAGCCGUUGGCAUCUUCGUCGAAUAUCGGGACGGUUAUUAGGUUUCAUAUUAUACAAGCAACAAUCAUUAUGUUAUGAUAUUAUUAAGUAUACCUUUCUAGGCUUAAAAAAGUAUUAUGAUAAUAUAAUAUGUAAUUAUUAUAGAUUAUUCGAUUGAAGGAGCACUACAUAUUAUAGUAUCUACAUAUAUUWUAUUAUAUAAACCGAGCCUUUAACCUAAUUUCUGAUAUUGCAAUAUAUGCAGUAAGGUAUAUAUUAUCACAGUUUGUAGUUUGACAAUAAUUGUACUAUGUAAUGUAUCUUACUGUCGCAAAAUCCGAAAAUAAUACGGGACUUAUUAUAGGUAGGUACCUACUAUAGACAAGAAACAUAUACAUAACACGAAUGUAGUUGUGUGGUAUUUAGUGCGUAUAAAAACUUGCAGUAUACGCUUUAUAAUAUUAUUAUCAUUGAUACAGAUUAAGAACACUUAUCGUUGUACAGCUAUUGUGGUAUUCAUAUUAAUACU